GUUAACAUGCUUCGCGAUACGGGAGUAACGGAAACAAGAUAUUGAAAGAGAAGAAUUAGUUUAUUGACUUCGUCGUACUGGGAUUCCAUGGGCCAAAUGUGAAAACGUGCGGAGAUGCUGAUAAGUGGACUGGUUAGUCGGGUUUACUGGGAAAUACCAAAGUGGCAUUAUGAACGGAUUGGCCAUCCACGCACAAUCCGAAAGACCCCGGAAUAUUUCGGAUGUUGGAGACAAGGCACAAAUUAAUAGAUUUGAGAUUGCCACGGUCGUUUGGGAAAGUGCAGUAAUGAGCAAGGACUGCACGUGACGUGGACGGUUCAUAUAGUCCCACCGACGGGGUGUCCGAUCCAGUAGAGCGGUUCAGUCGUUCAAUCGAGGAACCUGACACACUCCACAGACCCACUACACAACUAGCGAGAUGCCAGCCACUGGGGAGCAGAACGUGCAAGAGGACUUCGUGGAUGAGGCCAUAGCCAGCGACGUCGCCACCUCCGAGGACGACGAAGGAUACCCGCAAGAUCUGAAGAAGCCUUACAAACCAAUCGCAUCCAUCGAAAGCCAUCCGAACAGGAAUCAGCACGAGAGUUUCAUCAGAGAGUCCGUGGAGAUACUCCUCAAGGAUGCUGUAUUCAAUGGAUUAUCAAGGGACAGCAAAGUCUUGGAAUGGAGGAAUCCGGAGGAGUUGCUGAAACUCUUGGAUUUUGAAAUUCGCGCAAGCGGAUCAUCGCACGACGAACUCCUUCAGUUGAUCAGGGAGACGAUACAGUAUUCCGUGAAGACCGGACAUCCGUACUUCGUGAAUCAACUGUUCUCCUCCGUUGAUCCGUACGGCUUGGUUGGACAAUGGUUGACGGACGCGCUGAAUCCCAGCGUUUACACCUACGAAGUAUCUCCGGUUUUCACCUUAAUGGAGGAAGUUGUGCUGAAAGAGAUGAGGACGAUAGUAGGUUUCCCCAACGGCGACGGAGAUGGCAUCUUCUGCCCAGGUGGAUCCAUGUCCAACGCUUAUGCAAUAAGUUGCGCCAGACAUAGCCUCAUGCCGGACAUCAAAAGAACAGGUCUGCACGGAUUGCAGCGCUUGGUGCUCUUCACCUCCGAGGAUGCGCACUAUUCCAUCAAGAAGAUGGCUUCGUUCUUGGGUCUGGGCUCGGAUAACGUGUACCUCAUCAAAUCAGACGGUAGAGGGAAAAUGGACGUGGAGCAUUUAACAUCUGAAAUCGAAAGAUCUCUUCGGGAAAACGCGAUCCCGUUCAUGGUCAGCGCAACCGCAGGCACAACAGUUUUCGGAGCCUUCGAUCCUAUCGAAGAAAUCGCCGACGUCUGCGAACGGCACAAGCUCUGGUUGCACGUGGACGCCGCUUGGGGUGGCGGAGCAUUGAUGUCCAAGAAGUACAAGCAUCUUCUGAAAGGAAUCCACAGGGCCGAUUCCGUUACAUGGAACCCUCACAAGUUAUUAACUGCACCGCAGCAGUGUUCCGCUUACCUGCUCAGGCACAAAGGAGUUCUAUCAUCUGCUCAUUCCACAAACGCAGCAUAUCUCUUCCAAAAAGACAAAUUCUACGAUACUAGCUUCGAUACUGGAGACAAGCACGUGCAGUGCGGACGAAGAGCCGAUGUCCUCAAAUUCUGGUUCAUGUGGAAAGCCAAAGGAACUUCCGGUUUCGAACAGCACAUCGAUAAGGUCUUCGAUAACGCUGAAUUCUUUACCAACACCAUCCAGAAAACGGAAGGAUUCUCCAUAGUUUUGGAUAAUCCCGAAUGCACGAACAUAUGCUUUUGGUACAUACCACCAAGUUUGCGUGGACACGAAACCGAUGCCGAUUACCACGAAAAACUGCAUUCCGUUGCUCCCAAAAUCAAAGAGAAAAUGAUGAAGGAAGGCUCAAUGAUGGUCACGUAUCAAGCGCAGAAAAGCUUACCCAACUUCUUCCGAAUCGUCUUCCAAAAUUCCGGUUUAAAUCACGACGAUAUGAUCCACUUAAUACAAGAGUUCGAGCGACUGGGUUACGACCUCUAAACUAUCCAUCAUUUACAGAGUAGCGUAGUUGAUUAACAACAUUAAUUUAUUGUAAUUUAUAUAAAAUAUGUGAUUUUAAC